CCCCGACAGCUGAGAGGAUGUAAACACAGCGUCACGUGACCCCGCCCCCCGCGCUCGCGGCCGUGCGCUCGGCGAGGGCGAGCUAGCAGCGCCGCUCCGUCCCGCGCCCUGAUUGGCCGCAACGAGCCGCGGCCGCAGCCAAUGGGAGGCCAGCGCUCGCGGCGCUCGUCACCGGCCGCCCCGAGGGCGCGCGGCGGGGCCCGGCACGGGCGCUGCUUCCAAACCCCCCCCCCCAGCCGGGCUGGGCAGCCCUGGAAGUCCCUGGAAAAUCCUGGCGAAUCCCGUGUCGCCGUCACCACUUGUCUCCCGUGUGCGGCUGAGGAUGGAAAACAGGACCGUGGUGUCGCGCGGGCGGGCGGGCCGCGGGGGGCGGGGCGGCGGCGGGGGCUGCGCCGGAGGCCCGGAUUGAAAAACACGCGGAAGCCCGUGAGAGAAAGAUGUAUGUUGAAGAUGGACAUCUGGAAACAAGGACCUUUUGCAGAAAGCAGCAGGAGACAUGGAUAUCCAGUUAGGAACAUCAUUGUGCCAUCUCCCUUCAGAGCUGAGAAGAGGCUUCAUCAUAAAGGUCUACUCAAGCGUGUACAGUUCUCUAAAUCUGCUCUAAUUCCUCUCAUCCAUUGUCAAAACAAAAGUAAGAUAUUUGGGUGUGCCUUCUGCGGCUCUCAUCUGUAUCCAGCAAUCAUCAUGCUAUUUCCAAAGCUUUAUGUUAAGAAGGGAACUGGAUUAUCCCCUAUAGAGUUCCAAACCCAAGCUGAGUCCUUUCAGUUGCACAUAAAGAAUGAAUUCACUCGUCGUUAAGCGGUGAAGGACUGGUCUGACUGCAGAGUCACAUGUUGGAUUGUAACCUCCAGUCCCAGUGGGGGUAGUGAAACAUCAGCCUGGCUCUGCAGGCUGUUGAUGUGAACCUCUGAAACUGGCUACACAGCUCUGCAACUGCACUUCUUUCCCAUGUGGCCUGGCUCUAGAAGUAGUUAAGUCACAUUUGCAUGGUGCAAAAUUGGCUUUGACAGGUGAGACGUGAAAGAUUUCACCUGUGAGACUGGUAAGAUCCACAUAUGCAAGCUAUAGUGUUUCUGCAUCUUCAACCUUGGUAAUCUGCAAUUUGGAUAAACAAACCCAGCAUAGCUGUUUUAUAUAAAAGUGGUUGUAUGUUAAUCAAGCUUUGAAUCAGAAUAAUGUUUCCAAAAGCUUCGGAGCUAGUUGAUUGAAAAAAGCAUCUUUAAAAGGAGUAAAUCAUCAUUUACUACAGGCUUUGUCUGUUUGCUGGAUCACUUCAUAAAGUAUUCCUGCUGGUCUUUAGGACUUACUUGCCACUUUUUCUUUUAGAUCAGCACACUCUAGCCCCAUUCAAAAAGGCAGUUUCUUACUGUAACCUCACUAUAGCAUUUGGAGUUUUUAAGACUAGAGAUUUUUAUUGCUGUAGAUUUUGAAUACAGUCUUUGCAAACAUGAAUUGCAUUAAGUAAUUGAACAGUGUUACACAACAUGUACCUCGUGAUUGCAGUGUGCUCCUCUGAAGCACACCAAAUCAGUUCCAAACAAAAUGUGUUGGGGUUUGAGUUACAUACAUUUAUUUGAGAUUCCUGUAAUCUAUCUGUGCAUCCUACCUCUCAUGGUCCAUUCAAGUGGUCACAACUUUUAUCAAUUUUAUUAAAAGAAAUGUGAUACAAUAGUAGCAAAAACAUCUUUUGAUGCCCCGGGUAAGGAGGAAUAGAAGUUGUAAUCACCAAAGCUGAUAUGCCUGCAUACAUCUGGUUAGGAGAGUGCAUGAGGCUUUUUCCUCUUGACAAUCCUCUGCUAAGGUGGUGUUAGAACUCUCAGCACCCAUGGAGCAAUUGUUGAGAGUGCUCCUGGCUGUGGACAAAGCAUGGCACAGAGCUACAAGUAUUUUAGUUGUCAGAACAUAAGCUGUCCUCAGUUAAGUUUUUAAAAUACUGAAAGCACAUACUA